AAGCAGGGCUGGGGGAGGAUGCUGAGGAAACCAGUGGAAGAGACCUGGUGGCUGGAGGAGGCACUGAAGGAAAUUGGAAGGAAGACUGGGUUAUGAGGAGAACGGGGAAGCUGAACAUAAUGGAAGCGGAGAGAGGUGGAGGGUGGUGUCUGGCUUUGUGGGGGAUGGGAGGCUGGGGUGUCUAGAAGAAAACAGGGAGAGUCAUAUUCAGGGAAGAAUGUAUGUGGUCAGUACAUGUUAGUUUUUCUUCCUUUAGUGGAGGUGGGAAAAUGGAGGGCUGUCGGGUGGAGCUUGAAGUGGGGGGAGAAAAAAAUGGGAAAACUGCAAAGCUUUCAGGAGAUGAAGAAGGGCCAGAAAUGGGGAGUCUAAACUGCAAGAGACCAGAAAGAAGGGUAGAUACAUUAAGGGAAUCGAAAAAGCUUGAAAAUGCAUUAGUGAUGGAGGAUCAGAGAGACCCAGAGAUAAAAGAAGCCCGUAAGACCCUGGGGGCUUUUUCUCCUUGAGUUUGAGUUGUCCUUAUGGAGGAGAAACUAAGAUUUUUUUCUUCACCUUUGGUUGGCAUUGCUUAUCUCUUCUGUGCGUUUUUUUAUUUUACCAUGACCUAUCGGAAAGAGGGGGAGAAUAGAGGCUAUGAGGGAAGAUGAAGGACUUCAAUUCUUAAGCCUUUGGACCUCCUAACUGUGCCCACAAGCCCAGAUCCAAGAUAUUUUGGAUUGAGAGCAGAAGUAAUGAAGUGAGAGUAGCUUCCUGCUGGAAUUAUUUCAGGUAGCAGAGGCAGCAGGCCGUGCCGGGGGGGCAUGUUGCUGUAACCAGUGGCCCAGGGGAUGUUACGGUGGACAGUGCACCUGGAGGGCGGGCCCCGCAGGGUGAACCAUGCUGCAGUGGCUGUUGGGCACCGGGUAUUCUCCUUCGGGGGUUACUGCUCUGGUGAAGACUAUGAGACACUGCGUCAGAUAGAUGUGCACAUUUUCAAUGCAGUGUCCUUGCGUUGGACAAAGCUGCCCCCAGUGAGGCCCGCCAUCCGCGGACAGGCUCCUGUGGUCCCCUACAUGCGGUAUGGACACUCAACCGUCCUCAUCGACGACACGGUCUUCCUUUGGGGCGGGCGGAAUGACACCGAAGGGGCCUGCAAUGUGCUGUAUGCCUUUGAUGUCAAUGCUCACAAAUGGUCCACACCCCGAGUGUCAGGAACAGUUCCUGGGGCCCGGGACGGACAUUCGGCUUGUGUCCUGGGCAAGAUCAUGUACAUUUUCGGGGGCUACGAACAGCUGGCGGACUGCUUUUCCAAUGACAUUCAUAAGCUGGAUACCAGCACCAUGACUUGGACCCUUAUUUGUACAAAGGGCAGCCCUGCACGUUGGAGGGACUUCCACUCAGCCACAAUGCUGGGAAAUCACAUGUAUGUCUUUGGGGGCCGUGCCGACCGCUUUGGGCCAUUCCAUUCCAACAAUGAGAUUUACUGCAACCGCAUUCGAGUCUUUGACACCAGAACUGAGGCCUGGCUGGACUGUCCACCCACUCCAGUGCUGCCCGAGGGGCGCCGGAGCCACUCAGCCUUUGGCUACAACGGGGAGCUGUAUAUCUUUGGUGGCUAUAAUGCAAGGCUGAACAGGCACUUCCAUGACCUCUGGAAGUUUAACCCUGUGUCCUUUAGCUGGAAAAAGAUUGAUCCGAAGGGGAAGGGGCCAUGUCCGCGCCGGCGCCAGUGCUGCUGUAUUGUUGGUGACAAGAUUGUCCUCUUUGGGGGUACCAGUCCAUCUCCUGAGGAAGGCCUGGGAGAUGAGUUUGACCUCAUAGAUCAUUCUGACUUACACAUUUUGGACUUUAGCCCUAGUCUGAAGACUCUGUGCAAACUGGCCGUGAUUCAGUAUAACCUGGACCAGUCCUGUUUGCCCCAUGAUAUCAGGUACAGCAAGUGGCUGGAAAGGAGGGAUUGGUUGAGGAUAAGUGAGCAGCACAGGCAUGACCUGAUGAGCUUGGUCUCACUGUGAAGGAGACAGACGUUUUUAUUCUGCUGGAGAUGUACUUGUGGGAAAUGAGAUGCAAAGAGGUGAAGUUACUGCCGUCAUAUGAUAAAAUUGUCAGCUGGGUGAGUUAUAUGAAA